AUGGCCAACGCUACCGUCGCAGCGAACGAUGCGACAGCUCCCUGGAAGAAGAAUUUGUCAGCCACUCUCUGCUGUCCGGAAUGCAAGGAAGUUCCUCCAAAUCUCGAGUUCCCCGACUCGCACGAGACGGUCUGUGGGUCCUGCGGCUUAGUUCUCGCUGAUCGUGAGAUUGACAUGCACUCGGAAUGGCGUACUUUCUCGAACGAUGACCAGAACAACGAUGACCCGUCCCGUGUCGGUGAUGCCAUGAACCCACUUCUUAACGGUGAUCAGUUGGAAACCUCUAUCGCCAGUGGUGCCUCUGGUCGUGCUCGAGACCUCUACCGUGCUCAGAACAAACAAUCCAGCGAAAAGGCAAACAAGGCCCUCCUGGCUGCCUACAAGGAAAUCGGUGCCAUGUGUGAUGGUUUUAACAUUCCCAAGAAUGUGGCGGACACCGCCAAAUACCUCUUCAAGGUUGUGGACGAUGCUAAGGCUUUCAAGGGCAAGUCCCAAGAUGUGAUUAUCGCCGGUUGCAUUUUUAUCGCUUGCCGCCAGUGCAAGGUCCCACGAACCUUCACUGAAAUCUUCGCUGUGACCAAGGUCUCGAGGAAGGAGAUCGGCCGCAUCUACAAGGCCUUGGAGAAGUUCUUUACCGCACAGAACAUCGAGCGAAACAACGCAGUUGUGUCCAGCGGUGGUACAGUUGAUCCCAAUAAUAACUACACUGCAACUACCUCCACGAAGCCCAGCGACCUCUGCAAUCGUUUCUGCAACUUGCUUGGCCUGCCAUUCCAGGUCACCAGUGUUUCUUCCGCACUUUCUGACCGCGUUACGACCAUGGGAGACCUUGCUGGUCGCUCUCCUCUCUCUAUUGUCGCUGCAUGCAUCUACAUGGCUUCAUACUUGAUGGGUGAUGGCAAAUCGGCCAAAGAGAUCUCGCAGGUAGCUCACGUUAGCGAUGGAACCAUCCGUGGUGCCUACAAACAACUUUAUGCUGAGCGUGAACGUUUGAUUGACCCUGAAUGGGUCAAGGAGGGAAAGGGCGACUUGUCCCGGCUCCCUGCUAGCUAA